CGCCGCAGCGGCACGUUCUUCGCACGGGUUCCUAAGCAAUCGGAAUUGCUACUUGGAAAACAUGAAAACUGUAGCCCUUGGUGUUUUAAACUACAUUCCCGCGGGUUUGUAUCGUGGUCUCUCCAGGAAUCGGAAAGGAACUCGGUGGUUUUAACCUUUACGUACGCGUGUCUGUGUUUGUGUAUCCCUAAAAUGGAAGGGUGGUGGGAUCUAAACUCAAUAAAAUAAGCCAAUACUUUGAGGUGGGGGCUCUUCCACCAUCUUCAAUCCCUCCUGGGGUUGAUGUGAUUCCUCUCCCACUUUCUGGGAUAUCCGCCUUCACAGCCCACAGGGACUCUUUGCAGAAGGCGCUCCCCCUAGUGGAACCUAGGCGAAUGGCAUCCCAAUACGCACACGCACGCGCACAGGCACCUGCCAUGGAGACGCGCUUUCCCGUUGAAUCGUAGGCACCGUCUAGUCGGAGGGGAGAGCUCCGUCGCUUUAACCCUUUAGGCUCUCGAUAGCCUUUAGCGCUAGACAUUGGCAACCGGGGGAGAAGAAGGGGAAGCACGCCCAGAGAGAGAAGCAGGAGGGAGGCUCCCGGGAAGGCGGGGAGCGAAGAGGACGAGCUUCGCUGCAGCGCCUCGAUCUUCUGAUUUUAAAGAAAUGCUUGGAUUGCACCCCGCUUUAUUUUUAUUCUUUUUUCCCUUGGAGGAAAAUCAGUUUGCAACGUUGGUUCCCACGAUCUACUGCGAGGGCUGACGUCGCGCUGCAGCCGAAACCUCCGGCCUUUCCAUUGCUGCGUUUCCGCCUUGGAAGUUUGACUUUGCGAAUUGCAAAAUUCCAGAAUUCGGCAUGGAUUGACUUCGCCACGGCAUUUUACGACCCUUUUCUUAUUCUUCGAGUUCUCUCUCUUUUUUUAGUCCUGUUUUAAAAUCUACUGGUAGGCUGCUUUCAGCCAUUCCGGCAGUCAAAGCAGGGUGCAAAACAACCCGCUUCUUCUUCUUAUAUCAACAUUUCUGCAGGCUUUCUGCCCGCCCCUGCCCACGAUGCUUGCUUUGAAGCGCUUUGGGCCAUUUUGAGCCGUUUUGGAGAAGCUUGUGCAAGUCGUCGCAAAAGACUGGAAGGGGAAUCACUGAAUUGUAAUUUUGGAAGGGACCCCCUAGGGUCAUCCAGUCCAACCCGUGGCAAUGCAGGCAUCUUUUGCCCGCCGCGGGGCUUGAACCCACAACCCUGAUAUCAAGAGCUUCCUGCUCUGCUGACCGAGCUAUCCAGCGCAGCUGCCCUCGAUUCCGUCAUCACCAUCCAAAUAAACGAUCUCGCAGUUGCCGAUCCUUUCUCGUGCGAAUGGAGAACCUGGAGGCCAUCGUGCUGGUGAUCCUGGCCACGCACAACCUGGUGCGCCUCCACCUGCACCGGGGCGGCGUGGCUGCCCGCGCCCGGCGGACGAUGCGCCGCGUGAUGGCCAACCACGUCUCGCUGCUGCACCAGCUGCUGCCCGACGCGUGUCCGGACAGCGAGGCGCGCCUGGUGGCCGAGGAGCUCCACGCCGGGCCGCACCGCUUCUGGUCGCGCCAGGUCAGCCAGGACUGGUGGGAGCGCGUGGUGCUGGAGACGUGGCAGCCCAGCCAGUGGCUGCAGGGCUUCCGCAUGACCAAGGACACCUUCCUGGCGCUGUGCGAGGAGCUGCGGCCGGAGCUGCAGCGCCAGACCACCACCAUGCGGGCGCCGCUGAGCGUGGAGAAGCGCGUGGGCAUCGCCCUCUGGAAACUGGCCACCACCGAGUGCUACCGCUCCGUGGCCGCGCACUUCGGCGUGGGGCGCUCCACCGUCGGGGAGGUCUUCAUCGAGGUGUGCCUGGCCAUCGAGAAGCUGCUCUUCAGGAAGGUGGUGGCCCUCGAGGACCCCAAAGAGGUCAUGGCAGGAUUUGAGGAAAUGGGGUUUCCCAGCUGUGUGGGGGUCAUGGACAGGACCCACAUCCCCAUCAUCUGCACUGUCCGAAAGGGGACCAACAUCAGCCAAAAGGGGUUCUUCCCUAUGUCAAUGCAAGGCACGGUGGACCACAAGGGCCGUUUCAUUGACAUCGAACUCAGCUGGUGCGGUAAAGAUAAGGACGCCUCCUUCUUCCGAAACUUAGCCCUGUGUGAGGCGAUGGACCAAGGGUCGUUCGUACCUGGGACUCAUUCAAUGACCAUUGGCAACGUGGAGAUCCCCCCGCUCAUCUUGGCCGAUGCGUCCUAUCCCUUGAAGAAGUGGCUCAUGAAGCCCUUCACUGGUAACCUCAGCCCCCGCCAAGAACAUUUCAACUCCCGCCUAAGUGACUGCAAGAAGGUGGCCGAAGAGGCCUUUGGGCGGCUGAAGGGACGGUGGAGGUGCCUGGCCACCCGCUUGGAGGUGGCCGAAGAGAACAUUAUCCCCGUGGUGGUGGGGUCUGUCGUGCUCCACAAUAUUUGCGAGAAUCGUGGACAUGCUUUGGUGGACGGGCCUUGGGCCCAAGAUGGCGUGUGGGACCAGGCCCCUGAGGGACACUUGAGGCUCCCAACGUCCCCAGAGGAUGCACGGGAUGGGAGCCUGGUGAGGGAAGCUCUGGCAAGCUACUUCAUGAGCAAUUCCUAACUCCUCAUGGAGCCCUUGGAUGAAAGAAAAACACAAACGUUUCGAAAUGCACACUUCAGUUCAGUUCAAAG